AAGGAGCCGCGUCUGUCUCACUGCGCUCUCCGAAGCGCACAGCCGUGCGCGCUGCCGGGGACGCCACUGCCGCUGGAUUUGCCUUAUUUCUUUUUUUUCCCCCCACAACAUUACAAAAUAAUAAUAAAGACAAUAAGAAAUCUGGGAGCUAAUGCAUUUAUUUAUAUGCAUCGUUGAACUUGACUCUUCCGUGCUGGGAUAAAAUAUGGGAUGCCUCUGCGCGUAUGUGCAAAACAGGUGCUUCUAAAAGCCUCAAUUUUAUGAUGCAUGGAUUUUAUUAUUUUUUUUCUUAAUUGUUAUUUUUUCCUCAAUUUUUUUUCUGGGCGAACAGUUUCCGGACCUGCUGCUCAUAACUAGUACUGGAGGGCUUUAAUGUCGGAGCUCAAGCGAAUCAAGAGGAUUUUUUCACUCACUAUGCACGACCUCAAGAGUCACUAACACACACACACACGCAUACACACGCGCGCGCGCGCAAGCAUAUACCAGGGCUCAUGCUCCACUGCUCCUUAUGGGAAAAGAAACAUUUCCCUGAACGCAUGACUCUGACCACAUUGCAAUGAGGAUAACUGUUUGAAAUAAAGCAGAGGGAAGACGGUUGAAGUGCUGUCAUGGAUUUAAAGGAUUUUUACUUAUUGGCAACCUUUGUUGCUUGCCUGUGGCUGGAUCCAGCCAUCGCCCAAGAGCUAAUUUACUCAAUCCGUGAGGAGCUGCAAGAGAACGUACUUAUUGGAAAUAUACCAAAGGAUUUGAACAUCUCCCAUAUGAACACUGCCAGCAACAAUCUGGUUUACCGUCUGGUCUCGAAAGCCGGGGACAACCCAUUACUGAGAGUAAUAAGCAACACGGGAGAGAUUUUUACCACUUCGAACCGUAUUGACCGCGAAAAACUCUGUCCUGGUCCAUCGUUCGAGGAUACAGAGUGCUCAUUUGAAAUUGAAGUGGUCAUCCUGCCAAACGACUACUUCAGAUUAAUCAAAAUCAAGAUCAUCGUGAAGGACACCAAUGACAAUGCUCCGAUGUUUCCUUCCCCUGUGAUUAACAUUUCCAUUCCUGAAAACACUCUCAUCAACAGCCGCUUUGCCAUUCCCUCUGCUACUGAUCCCGACACGGGACCCAACAGCGUCCACAAAUAUGAACUCGUGAACGGACAGAGUACUUUUGGCUUGGAUAUUGUUGAGACACAGGAAGGAGAGAAGUGGCCACAGCUGAUUGUCCAACAAAAUCUGGACCGGGAGCAAAAAGACACCUAUGUUAUGAAAAUCAAAGUGGAGGAUGGUGGGAAUCCACAGAAGUCCAGCACUGCUAUUCUUCAGGUGACGGUAACUGAUGUCAAUGACAAUCGUCCGGUUUUCAAAGAAAGUCAGAUAGAGGUUCACAUUCCUGAAAGCUCUCCAGUUGGGACUUCUGUUGUACAGCUGCAGGCUACGGAUGCAGACGUCGGGUCCAAUGCAGAAAUCAAAUAUAUGUUUGGUACCCAAGUAUCUCCAUCCACACGGAGACUCUUUGCGCUAAACGCUACGACUGGACUUAUAACAGUGCAGAGGCCACUCGAUAGGGAAGAGACUGCAAUUCAUAAGCUGUCAGUUUUAGCAAGUGAUGGAAGCUCCAGUCCAGCAAGAGCAACUGUAACGAUCAAUGUGACUGAUGUGAAUGAUAAUGCUCCGAAUAUAGACCUGAGAUACAUUAUCAGUCCGACUAACGGCACUGUAAUGCUGUCUGAAAAAGACCCCAUUAACACUAAAAUAGCUCUUAUCACCGUCUCCGAUAAGGACACGGAUGUCAACGGCAAGGUGAUCUGCUUUAUUGAAAAGGACGUGCCAUUUCACCUCAAAGCAGUCUACGACAACCAAUAUUUAUUGGAAACCUCAGCAUUGUUGGAUUAUGAAGGGACCAAGGAGUACAUCUUCAAAAUUGUGGCUUCGGACUCUGGUAAGCCUAGCCUGAAUCAGACCGCAUUGGUCAAAGUAAAGCUAGAGGAUGAGAAUGACAAUCCGCCCAUUUUUAGCCAGCCUGUAAUCGAACUGUCAGUCAUGGAAAAUAACCAGCGUGACCUUUUCCUCACCACCAUUAGUGCUACAGAUGAAGACAGCGGGAGGAAUGCAGAAAUUGUCUACCAGCUUGGACCCAACGCGUCUUUCUUCGAUUUGGACCGCAAAACCGGGGUGCUGACGGCCUCAAGGGUGUUUGACAGAGAAGAUCAAGAUAGGUUUCUCUUCACAGUCACAGCAAGAGAUAAUGGCACCCGGGCUUUGCAGAGCCAGGCGGCUGUGAUAGUUACAAUUUUAGACGAAAAUGACAACAGCCCCAAGUUCACACACAAUCACUUUCAGUUCUUUGUGUCUGAGAACCUGCCAAAGUACAGUACUGUAGGGGUGAUUACAGUCACGGAUGCAGAUGCAGGUGAAAACGCAGAGGUGUCUCUCUCCAUACUCAACGAUAACGAGAACUUUAUCCUCGAUCCCUUCUCCGGAGUUAUCAAAUCAAAUGUUUCCUUUGACCGAGAGCAGCAAAGUUCUUAUACCUUCGAUGUGAGGGCUGUUGACGGUGGUCGUCCUCCGUGUUCAUCGGUUGCCAAGGUGACCAUCAAUGUCAUCGAUGUCAAUGACAACCCACCUAUUGUCAUCUACCCUCCAUCAAACACUUCCUUCAAGCUGGUACCACUUUCUGCCAUUCCGGGAUCUGUAGUCGCUGAGGUUUUUGCUGUGGAUGGAGAUACAGGAAUGAACGCUGAAUUAAAAUACACCAUCAUUAGUGGUAAUGGCAGAGGACUUUUCAGGAUUGAUCCUGUUACGGGAAACAUUACUUUAGAAGAGAAACCCAUGAUUGCAGAUAUUGGCCUCCAUCGUCUGGUGGUCAACAUUAGUGACCUUGGCUAUCCAAAGUCUCUGCACACACUAGUUCUUGUUUUCCUUUAUAUCAAUGACACAGUCGGGAAUUCAUCUUUUAUCUACGACCUCAUCCGGCGCACGAUGGAGACGCCGUUGGAUAGGAACAUCGGUGAAAGUAGCGAAACCUAUCAGAACGUUGACAAUCUUAAAACCAUCAUUGCCAUCGUCACAGGCACAAUGGUGGUCAUCGUGGUGAUCUUCAUCACCGUUCUGGUCCGCUGCCGUCACGUUUCGCAGUUUAAAGCUGCUCAGAGGAAGAAACAAGGUGCUGAAUGGAUGUCACCCAAUCAGGAAAACAAGCAGAACAAAAAGAAAAAGCGCAAGAAAAGGAAGUCACCCAAAAGCUCCCUGCUUAACUUCGUAAGCAUUGAGGAGAACAAACCUGACGAUCCAGCGCACGAACCCAUCAACGGCACCAUCAGCAUCCCAGCUGAGCUUGAGGAGCCCGGGAUUGGACGUUUUGACUGGAACACAACACCAACCACCACUUUCAAGCCCAAUAGCCCUGAUUUAGCCAGGCACUACAAGUCUGCCUCGCCCCAGUCGGCUUUCCACGUCAAGGCCGACACUCCAGUUUCGGUGAAAAAGCAUCACGUCGUUCAGGAGCUGCCGCUGGACAACACUUUCGUCGGCGGAUGUGACACUCUUUCCAAACGGUCAUCCACUAGCUCUGAUCACUUCAGUGCCUCGGAGUGCAGCUCCCAAGGAGGCUUCAAGACAAAAGGGGGGACCUUACACAACAGACAGAGAUUCACGUUUAUUCUGAGACUUUUCUGGAAACAUGAUAAAGGGACUCUAACACGUGCUCGGACUGAACUGAACCCUGAUUAUCUGGACCUGCGCUCUAGAACUGACCUGAACCCUGAAUACUGGACCCCGUGUACACCAUUGUCUCAGCGCCGUGUGACCUUUCACCUUCCCGACGGCUCUCAGGAGAGCUGCAGCGACAGCGGUUUGGGUGAGCCCGAGUCUGUCGGGGGAGGGGCUUUGCUUUCUAAGCCCCUCCCUCUGGCACAGGAGGAGUUUUAUGAGCAAGACAAACGAACCGAAGCAGAUGGCAACUCUGAUCCAAACUCGGAUGGACUUUUAGGGCCUAGGGGUCUCAUGGAAGCAACAGAGAUGUGUACGCAGGAGUGUCUAGUGCUCGGCCACUCGGAUAACUGCUGGAUGCCGCCCAAAUCACCCGCUCAGUCCUACGGAGGCAGCCAGAACGAGUGGACGAAAGACAAACUGCUGAACGGUCACACACUAAACCGCGGCUGGAAGAGCAGCCACGAGCACUUCGGAGACAGGAAAUCUUUCGCCGUAGGAGGAGUCAGCAGUCACAUGACCGAUAUCCCGUUGGCCAGUUUAAAAUCCUAUCAGGCCUCAUCUGGCUCCGAAAACCCAAAGGAGCAGCAGCUUUAAGAGCAUUUACUCUGUAACUGCUAUUUUAUUCCUUUAAAAAAAAAAAAUCUUUUCCUCAUUCUUCUGUCCUUUUCUUAGAUGGAUGCUAAUGCUGUGUGAUAGUGAGACGUACAGAUUAGACAAAAAAAGUGCUUAAUUACAGUACAGUUACUAUGCGAAACAGAACUUUUGCACGGAGAUGUCUCAAGACUUUUGUUCUGAAGAUAUUCAAAUAAAUGUCUGGGAUUUAAUGCAAAUUGUCAUAUACAAAAAGAAAAAACAGAACAAAAAAAAAACAAAAAAAAAACAAACAAAAAAGCAUUUAUCAUCCAAGGAUGGAGACUGCAAAUGUUCAGGAGAGAGAUAGAAAUGCCGUGGGACUUUUGCUGUGUAUACAGUACCGGUUUUAACUAUACUAUGGCUGACCAAUAUACAGUAAACCAAUAUCGUGACGUGGUUGUUUCUUGAGCUGUUUUUGGGAACUUUAUUAAUCUAAAACAUCAAAGAAAAAUGGAGAAAGCGUUGUGCUAAUACACUGUUAGUGGAAAACUCGUUUUAGUCUCGUCAUCGGUGGAGUGUCUGUAAAUAUAAAUGAAUACUAACCGAUUUUAUGUACUUGUAAUACUCACAUGGGGUAGAUUAACGACCUUGACAGUUGUCAUUUAUGAUUAAUUUAUUGGAAAUCAACCCUGGAAUUCCACUGAUGUUUAUAAUGUACCCGCAUUCACUUCCCCUCAUGCAGUGAGAAUAAUGCAGCUGAAAUGAUUUCCUUGGAGAUUUACAUACACACUCACUUUCCUCACCCAAGCUGUACAGUCACAUUGGCCUGCUAAGAGCUAACAGACUCAAAUAACAAUUUCCAGUCAGCUGUUAUGUAUGUUACUGUAUGGCUAGAGGAGCAAGGAGAAAUUAAACGCAAACCCAACACACACACACCUCACUAGUACUUUAAUCUUGCUGCCGAGGGAGAUUCAGGAGGAAUUGUACAAGGGGAAGACGACGGGGCAUUUAAAACAGAAUUGGAACACAGCAAAGGGGUUGGUUUUAGUUUAUACAGUAGGUUGGAAAUAUGCAUUUAUUUAUCUCCUGUCUGUGUCUGUAUAGAAUGAUGACUGUAUAUUAGACACACACACACACACACACACACACACACACACACACACACACACACACACACACACACACACACACACACACACUCCCACUAUCUGUACAAAAACCAUAAAAAAUCUGUAUGUAUAAAUAAAACCACAUCAUGCAACUCAUACAAGUUCACAAUUUGCAUUUACUUAACAAACAUAUUUUUUCAAAACUAUUUUCUAUUAUAAUAUUAUUGUAAUCACUCAGUUUAUACUUAUGGAAGUUACAAAAAAAACAAUUAAAAAAAUAUCGAUGUCUUAAAAAGAAAACAACACAAUGUUACAAUUCAACAGCAAUAUAUUUGUAGAUGUUUUAUUUCAAUAUCGGUCACUAUUGUAAUGCUAAAUUCAAACUGUGCUUAAAAUCCAAAAUACAGCCUCCAAAAUUAUUAUUAUUAUUAUUAUUAUUAUUAU